AUGACUGACCACACCCCUUCACAAAGAUAUCUGUCGACCAGAGGUGGCGACUACGGAUUAUCAUUCGAAGAAGUCGUGCUGAAAGGUCUCGCUGCUGAUGGAGGAUUAUUCAUUCCUGAACAAAUUCCAUCAGUACCUGAGAACUGGGAGUCAAAAUGGAAGGACUUGUCGUUCUCUGACCUCGCAUUCGAAAUCCUUUCUCUCUACAUCUCUCCUUCCGAAAUCCCACAUGCAGACUUGAAAGAUAUCAUCAAUCGAAGUUACUCUACAUUUCGCGCUCCGGAAACUACACCUCUCGUUCCUCUCAGCGAAAAGGAUAAUCUAUACCUUUUAGAAUUAUUCCACGGUCCUACGUUUGCAUUCAAAGAUGUUGCAUUACAAUUACUUGGAAAUCUCUUCGAAUACUUCCUCGUCAGGCGGAACAAAGGCAAGGAGGGAAAAGACAGACACCAUCUUACAGUUGUUGGGGCUACAAGUGGUGAUACUGGAUCUGCAGCUAUCUACGGUCUUCGAGGCAAGAAAGAUGUCUCAGUCUUCAUCUUGCAUCCAAAGGGUAGAGUCAGCCCUGUGCAAGAGGCUCAAAUGACGACAGUUUUGGAUGCCAACGUGCACAACUUGGCUGUUGAAGGCACUUUUGAUGAUUGCCAGGAUACUGUCAAAGCUCUAUUCGCGGAUCCGCAGAUCAACGAGACGAUGAACCUUGGAGCUGUCAAUUCUAUCAAUUGGGCAAGAAUUUUGGCACAAACCACAUACUACUUCCAUGCAUACUUCUCUCUUCAAAAGUCGUCUGGAUAUAAACCCGAAAACAAAGUCCGCUUUGUGGUGCCUACUGGCAAUUUUGGUGACAUUCUGGCUGGAUAUUUCGCGAAGCGCAUGGGUCUACCGGCUGAAAAGCUUGUGAUUGCGACGAAUGAGAAUGACAUUUUAUACCGCUUCUGGAAAACGGGACACUACGAGAAGAAGGCGGUUCAUGGUGUCGAAGCUGAAGGUGGACUCGUUGAAGAUGGAGUCAAAGCACACGAGGAUGGUGUCAAGGAGACACUUAGUCCAGCUAUGGACAUUCUUGUCUCAAGUAAUUUUGAGCGAUUGCUGUGGUUUUUGGCCUACGAGUAUGCCUCUGCCGCUGGUAUGGAUGAUGAGUGGAAUAAAAAGCAAGCUGGUCAGGAAGUCGAAGUCUGGCUUAAACAAUUGAAAACAAACGGUGGAUUCAAUGUCCAAGACGAAAUCCUCAAGGCUGCGAACAGAGAUUUCGAGAGCGAAAGAGUCAGCGACAAGCAAACCAUCGACACAAUUAAGGAUUUUUAUACUAGUGGUUCCUACGUUUUGGAUCCACAUUCAGCCAUUGGUGUAGCUGCUUCAUUACGAUCCGUCUCCCGCUCACCAAAUGCAUAUCACAUUUCUCUCUCAACAGCACACCCAGCCAAAUUUGCAAAUGCUGUUGAUCUUGCAUUGAAGGAUGAAAAGAGCUUCAGCUUUGAUACAGUACUCCCCAAAGAAUUUGUUGGGUUAGAAGAAAAAGAGAAACGAGUCAGAGUUGUACCUAGUACUUCUUGGGAAGAUGUUCGGGCAAUUGUUGUCGAGGAGGUCGAGGCAGAAUUAAAAGGAAUGUCAUGA